AUCUCGUUUGACACGUAAUUAAUAUUGUCGGCUAUCGUAGUCUGAGAAAUAUAUAAACAUGUAAAUAUGGCCACCAAUGUGUUGGUGUUAGUUGCAGUCAUACUGUUGUAUUGGUUUACAAUUUUUUCUGAAGGAAUAGACACACAAGAUGAUUAUCAUCAGCAACAAAUUGUGCCACAUGAUCAAAUUGCUAACCACCAACACAAUGAAUUAAAUGAAAGAGAGCCUAAUGAAAAAUUGAUUUUUGAAAAAUUCAACCAUAUUGAUGUACCAAACAAAGAUGAAAAACAGUUUGAAAGUUUUAACCAUAUUGAUCCGCAAAACAAAGAUGAAAAACAGUUUGAAAGUUCUAACCAUAUUGAUCCACAAAAGUUUGAAAGUUCUAACCAUAUUGAUACACAAAACAAAGAUGAAACACAGUUUGAAAAUUCUAACCAUAUUAACACACAAAACAAAGAUGAAAAACAGUUUGAAAGUUCUAACCAUGAUGAUACACAAAACAAAAAUGAAGAUCAGUUUGAAAUCGAAAAAGAGAUAAAAGUCCAGGAAGUUAAUAUCAAACAAAAGCAAGAUCAACUAAUACCAGAAGAAGCAGCUACAAGUGAAGAACUUAAACAAAUCCAUGAGGAUGAAAAUAAAAAACAAUUCAAAUUUAAGGAACAACAUCUAGAAGAAAAAAAAAAAUUAUCAAUGUUUGAAGAAAUCAAACCAUAUGAAGAACAAGAAGCACAUAAAAUCAAAAUCAAGGAAAUGCAAGAGCAAUUACUCCAAGAGGAAGCAGCUAGAAGAGAGAAAGAAAAACACUUAGAAAUUCAAAUCAAUCAACAAGACGAAAAUAAAAAACUAUUGGAAAUUGAAGAAAAUGAAAAGCAACGAGAAGUGGAUGAACUGAAAAUCAAGGAAAUGCAAGAACAAUCACUCCAAGAGGAAGCAGCUAGGAGAGAAAAGGAAGAACAAUUAGAAAUUCAACUUUAUCAACAGGAAGAAAAUAAAAUGCUAUUAGAAAUUGAAGAUAAUAAAAAACAAAAAGAAGCGGAUGAACUGAAAAUCAAGAAAAUGCAAGAACAAUUACUACAAGAGGAAGCAGCUAGAAGAGAGAAAAAAAAACAAUUAGAAAUUCAACUCAAUCAACAAGAGGAAAAUAAAAAACUAUUGGAAAUUGAAGAAAAUGAAAAGCAACAAAAAGCGGAUGAACUUAAAAUCAAGGAAAUGCAAGAACAAUUACUCCAAGAGGAAGCAGCUAGAAGAGAGAAAGAAAAACAAUUAGAAAUUCAACUCAAUCAACAAGAGGAAAAUAAAAAACUAUUGGAAAUUGAAGAAAAUGAAAAGCAACGAGAAGUGGAUGAACUGAAAAUCAAGGAAAUGCAAGAACAAUCACUCCAAGAGGAAGCAGCUAGGAGAGAAAAGGAAGAACAAUUAGAAAUUCAACUUUAUCAACAGGAGGAAAAUAAAAUGCUAUUAGAAAUUGAAGAUAAUAAAAAACAAAAAGAAGCGGAUGAACUGAAAAUCAAGGAAAUGCAAGAGCAAUUACUCCAAGAGGAAGCAGCUAGAAGAGAGAAAGAAAAACACUUAGAAAUUCAACUCAAUCAACAAGACGAAAAUAAAAAACUAUUGGAAAUUGAUGAAAAUGAAAAGCAACAAGAAGUGGAUGAACUUAAAAUCAAGGAAAUGCAAGAGCAAUUACUCCAAGAGGAAGCAGCUAGGAGAGAAAAGGAAGAACAAUUAGAAAUUCAACUUUAUCAACAGGAGGAAAAUAAAAUGCUAUUAGAAAUUGAAGAUAAUAAAAAACAAAAAGAAGCGGAUGAACUGAAAAUCAAGGAAAUGCAAGAGCAAUUACUCCAAGAGGAAGCAGCUAAAAGAGAAAAGGAAAAACAAUUAGAAAUUCAACUCAAUCAACAAGAGGAAAAUAAAAAACUAUUGGAAAUUGAAGAAAAUGAAAAGCAACAAAAAGCGGAUGAACUUAAAAUCAAGGAAAUGCAAGAACAAUUACUCCAAGAGGAAGCAGCUAGAAGAGAGAAAGAAAAACAAUUAGAAAUUCAACUCAAUCAACAAGAGGAAAAUAAAAAACUAUUGGAAAUUGAUGAAAAUGAAAAGCAACAAGAAGUGGAUGAACUUAAAAUCAAGGAAAUGCAAGAGCAAUUACUCCAAGAGGAAGCAGCUAGGAGAGAAAAGGAAGAACAAUUAGAAAUUCAACUUUAUCAACAGGAGGAAAAUAAAAUGCUAUUAGAAAUUGAAGAUAAUAAAAAACAAAAAGAAGCGGAUGAACUGAAAAUCAAGAAAAUGCAAGAACAAUUACUACAAGAGGAAGCAGCUAGAAGAGAGAAAGAAAAACAAUUAGAAGUUCAACUCAAUCAACAAGAGGAAAAUAAAAAACUAUUGGAAAUUGAAGAUAAUGAAAAGCAACAAGAAGCGGAUGAACUUAAAAUCAAGGAAAUGCAAGAACAAUUACUCCAAGAGGAAGCAGCUAGGAGAGAAAAGGAAGAACAAUUAGAAAUUCAACUUUAUCAACAGGAGGAAAAUAAAAUGCUAUUAGAAAUUGAAGAUAAUAAAAAACAAAAAGAAGCGGAUGAACUGAAAAUCAAGGAAAUGCAAGAGCAAUUACUCCAAGAGGAAGCAGCUAGAAGAGAGAAAGAAAAACACUUAGAAAUUCAACUCAAUCAACAAGACGAAAAUAAAAAACUAUUGGAAAUUGAAGAAAAUGAAAAGCAACAAGAAGCGGAUGAACUAAAAAUCAAGGAAAUGCAAGAACAAUCACUCCAAGAGAAAGCAGCUAGGAGAGAAAAGAAAGAACAAUUAGAAAUUCAACUUUAUCAACAGGAGGAAAAUAAAAUGCUAUUAGAAAUUGAAGAUAAUAAAAAGCAAAAAGAAGCGGAUGAACUGAAAAUCAAGAAAAUGCAAGAACAAUUACUACAAGAGGAAGCAGCUAGAAGAGAGAAAGAAAAACAAUUAGAAAUUCAACUCAAUCAACAAGAGGAAAAUAAAAAACUAUUGGAAAUUGAAGAUAAUGAAAAGCAACAAGAAGCGGAUGAACUUAAAAUCAAGGAAAUGCAAGAACAAUCACUCCAAGAGGAAGCAGCUAAAAGAGAAAAGGAAAAACAAUUAGAAAUUCAACUCAAUCAGGAGGAGAAAAUCAAAAAACUAUUGGAAAUUGAAGAAAAUGAAAAGCAGCAAGAAGCGGAUGAACUUAAAAUCAGGGAAAUGCAAGAGGAAUUACUCCAAGAGGAAGCAGCUAGAAGAGAGAAGGAAGAACAAUUAGAAAUUCAACUUUAUCAACAGGAGGAAAAUAAAAUGCUAUUAGAAAUUGAAUAUAAUAAAAAACAAAAAGAAGCGGAUGAACUGAAAAUCAAGGAAAUGCAAGAGCAAUUACUCCAAGAGGAAGCAGCUAAAAGAGAAAAGGAAAAACAAUUAGAAAUUCUACUUAAUCAGGAGGCGAAAAAUAAAAAAUUAUUGGAAGUUGAAGAAAAUGAAAAGCAACAAGAAGCGGAUGAACUUAAAAUCAAGGAAAUGCAAGAACAAUUACUCCAAGAGGAAGCAGCUAGAAGAGAGAAAGAAAAACAAUUAGAAAUUCAACUUAAUCAACAAGAGGAAAAUAAAAAACUAUUGGAAAUUGAAGAUAAUAAAAAACAAAAAGAAGCGGAUGAACUGAAAAUCAAGGAAAUGCAAGAACAAUUACUCCAAGAGGAAGCAGCUAGGAGAGAAAAGGAAGAACAAUUAGAAAUUCAACUUUAUCAACAGGAGGAAAAUAAAAUGCUAUUAGAAAUUGAAUAUAAUAAAAAACAAAAAGAAGCGGAUGAACUGAAAAUCAAGGAAAUGCAAGAACAAUUACUCCAAGAGGAAGCAGCUAGAAGAGAUAAGGAAAAACAUUUAGAAAUUCAUCUCAAUCAACAGGAGGAAAAUAAAAAAUUAUUGGAAAUUGAAGAAAAUGAAAAGCAACAAGAAGCUGAUGAACUGAAAAUCAAGGAAAUGCAAGAACAAUCACUCCAAGAGGAAGCAGCUAAAAGAGAAAAGGAAAAACAAUUAGAAAUUCAACUCAAUCAGGAGGAGAAAAUCAAAAAACUAUUGGAAAUUGAAGAAAAUGAAAAGCAGCAAGAAGCGGAUGAACUUAAAAUCAGGGAAAUGCAAGAGGAAUUACUCCAAGAGGAAGCAGCUAGAAGAGAGAAGGAAGAACAAUUAGAAAUUCAACUUUAUCAACAGGAGGAAAAUAAAAUGCUAUUAGAAAUUGAAUAUAAUAAAAAACAAAAAGAAGCGGAUGAACUGAAAAUCAAGGAAAUGCAAGAGCAAUUACUCCAAGAGGAAGCAGCUAAAAGAGAAAAGGAAAAACAAUUAGAAAUUCUACUUAAUCAGGAGGCGAAAAAUAAAAAAUUAUUGGAAAUUGAAGAAAAUGAAAAGCAACAAGAAGCGGAUGAACUUAAAAUCAAGGAAAUGCAAGAACAAUUACUCCAAGAGGAAGCAGCUAGAAGAGAGAAAGAAAAACAAUUAGAAAUUCAACUCAAUCAACAAGAGGAAAAUAAAAAACUAUUGGAAAUUGAAGAUAAUAAAAAACAAAAAGAAGCGGAUGAACUUAAAAUCAAGGAAAUGCAAGAACAAUUACUCCAAGAGGAAGCAGCUAGAAGAGAGAAAGAAAAACAAUUAGAAAUUCAACUCAAUCAACAAGAGGAAAAUAAAAAACUAUUGGAAAUUGAAGAUAAUAAAAAACAAAAAGAAGCGGAUGAACUGAAAAUCAAGGAAAUGCAAGAACAAUUACUCCAAGAGGAAGCAGCUAGAAGAGAUAAGGAAAAACAUUUAGAAAUUCAUCUCAAUCAACAGGAGGAAAUUAAAAAACUAUUGGAAAUUGAAGAAAAUGAAAAGCAACAAGAGGCGGAUAAACUUAAAAUCAACGAAAUGCAAGAGCAGUUACUCCAAGAGGAAACAGCUAGAAGAGGAAAGGAAAAUCAAUCUGAACUACAUAUUAUUCAGGCAGAGUACAACACAAAACUCUUGAAAUUUGAAGAAAUGGAAAAUAUGAAAAGAACAGAAGUUAAGGAAAUAACGGAAAAGGAAAGACAAAGUAAAGGUGGCAAUGAAGUAAUACAAAAUGAUGAAAAAAUUAUUCAGAGUUUGCUGCUAAACAAUAUAAAAGAGGAAAUAUAUCCAUUUGAAUUAUUUCAACAAAAGAGAGGGUUUUAUAAAGAUGUUUAUGAAAAAGAAAAUAAUAAAUUUACAGAUGAUCUGCAAAUUCCACUCACUAAUAUAUUUGAUCCCGAUCCCAAAAUAAAUAAAAUAGUUCAAUCUCAAAGUUUUCGACAUAUUAGAGUUAUGCAGAUUAAAGAAUAUAUCAACACCCAUUUUAAAGGACAAAAGCUGGGUCAAGAAAUGCUUGUCAUGAUUGACAAAUUGAUUACUUCAAACUUACGUAAUGAGUUACGAAGAGUGGACUCUAAUGUGAUGUUACUUUUAUCUGGAAGUGGUCUUUUAGAUAACAUUGACGAAAGUCUAAAUAAAGACGAAACAAAAGCCGAAAAAUUAAUUGAACAAGAUAAAAAUGAAUUAAAAAAUACAAAUGAAAAAUCACUGGAAUACAAGGAAGAAAUUGUUAUAUUGAAUGAUGAUUCCAUAGUAAAUAAGCAUGUUCACAAUGUUAUUGAUCAUAGUUCUUCUCAUAUGAUUAACGAUAAUAACAAAAAUGAUAACAAACCUGAUAUAUCAGUUGAGAAAAAUAAUAACAUUUUUACAGAUGAUAAUAUAUCUUUGUCAACAAACCAAUUAAAAGACGAUUUAAAAGACCAAGUCUCAAAUGAUUUUAAUGAUGAACGAAUAAAUGAAGUUGUAAAUAUUAAUUUACAUAAUGCAGAGCAUAAACCUACCGAAAAAAUUAGAAAGAAAUUUUCUAUUAAAGAUGCAGUUAAGGGAUUGCAUCAUCAUCAUCAUCACCAUUUGGUCCAUAAUUCUAAUCAUCAGCAUGACCAACAUAGUCAUGGACAUAGUCAUAGUGCAGAUAACCAACUUGGGCAUGGCAUCGAUCUACAGCAUGUUCCAGGUAAUCAAGAUAACGUUGCAAGUAACCAACAUCAGAAUCAUCUUGAUAGUCAUCAACAUGUUCAGGUUGCUGAUAUUGAAUUUAAUACAAAUCAUAACCUUAACAAAUAUCCAACCAAUGAACCUAUUGAGAGUAAUGCCAAUCCAUCAAUGGCUUUAUCUUCAGAUGGUGUUGUACAUACUUCUAGUUUUCAAGCUAAUGAAAAUCAAAUAUCAGGUGCUAAUCUUAUUAACAUUAAAAAAGCUUUAGAAGAAAAUAUUCCUAACAUAGCUAUUGAGGCUAUUAACAAAGCUGUUGAUACAAGCAACAAAGUUGUUGAUUCUAUACAAGAAGGAGUUCAUACUUUGAUAUCUUCAGAUUAUUUGUAUGGUAAUCCUACUGGUCAAAACCAAAAUAUUAUAAAAGAGGAAACUCCAAGUUUGGUUGUUCUUGCGAAUGGCACGACAGAGUCUAAUGAAAGUAGCUCUGAAAUAAAUAAAAUUAACAUUGAAAAUAUCAACUAUGUAGAGGAGAAAAGUAUGCAUGCAGCUGAUUUUGAUGCUAUCAAAAGUGAAGAAAUAAAUAGUAAAGUUAUCAUACCUAUAAAUACAAAUGAACAAUUAAACAUAUUAAAUGACAAAGUUACUGAGAUUUAUUCUCAACAUGAAAACAAUCAUUUGAGUGAACUUGAUGACAAAAAAAAACUAAUCCAACCUCCAUCUGGUGGAGAAUUUAUUGAUCUAAACAAAAAAGAAGAGGAAUAUAAAGAUUCUGAUAAAGAUAAUCAAGCUAUAGAUGAAGAAAAGAGAGAAGAAGUUUCUUCUGGUGGUUUUUUCGACAAUAUUUAUCAAUAUUGGACUGGAAUUAGCUCUGAUGAUACUAAAGAUAAAGUUGAUGACUCAAGCUUUUCUUCAAAUAAGCAAGAUGAUGAAAGAUCAAUUUUUGAACCAUCCACAAAUACAAAAAUUUAUACACCAAUUUUAGAAGAUUCUAUUGAUAAUAUACCCAGUUUACUUCCAUCUCUCUCAUCUUCUUUCUCUAUUGAGCAAACUAUAAAAGACUCAAGCAUAGCUUUCACUGAAAUUGAUAUAAGUGAAAGAAAAAUUUCACAAUCUAUUGAAAACACUUUAUUUAGUGAUAAACUCUUAGAUAAACAUUUUUAUACAAUUCUUUCUGAUUCACUGAAUGUGUCAAAUCAGAUUUUACUUUCAAAAUCCACAACUGGAUUAUCUUUUUCCUCAACGCAAAUUUCUACACCCAACUCAGCAGAGAGCUUUAUAGAAAUUCCACAAAAAAAUAAUUUAACAGAAACUCAAAUGCAACAAAUUUCGUCAAAGGAAAAGUUUUCUUUAUUAACUAAUCAAGAUUCAAUGCACAAUAUUCAAGAAUCUCUAACAGAUUUAAUGCACAAUGUUCAAGAAUCUUUAACAGAAACAAGUAGCAAUAUACAUCAAGUUUAUAUUAAAGAGGAGUAUAAUGGUGAAGAUAAAGCAAGCAUAGAUCAUGAAAAAUCCAAAUAUAGAUUGAAAGAUAUUCGCAACAAGUAUUCUUAUGAAAAAACUACAAAAGAAAAAGAUUCUAUGCGUGAUGAUGAUGUACUAAAAACUACAAAAGAUAAAAGAUCUACCAGUGAUGAUGAUAUACUAAAAACCCUUUGCGAUAAGCAUCCGACACUAAAAGCAUGUGAAGAUUUAAAAGUUAAAGAGGAAGUGGUUGUGGUUUCAAUAUCGUCGCGUAUAAAAACUUUAACUUAUGCAAUAAAUGGUUUCAUAUACAAUGUAUUUGCUUAUGUAUUUGGUUGCAUAAAGUUUAUUUGCAGGCUUUUUUUACAAUAUUCUUUUGGCUUCCUAUUGGUUAUUAUUGGAAAGUCUGAGGAAUCAACUAUAUUGAUGACAUACUUUGAUUCAGUUAGCAUUGAAAAGUUUUCAGUGUGGUUCAUUUUGAUUAUUAAUCAUGUUUUAUUCUACUGUUAUUACCAAAAUAGCUCAACUUGUCCUGUGGUCAUGAUGCCUAAACGAAGUUUUUCGUCAGAAAAUGAAUCAAAAAGAUUACAAGAACAAGUCUCUGAAAUGGAAGAAGAGCUAGAAAAAUUAAAAAAAGAAAUAUCAACAUAUUCUAUUCAGGUUAAUGAAAAGUUAGAAGAAAUUUCAAAUCUAGAAAUGACAGUUAAAAAUCUUAACACACAGUUAACUAAAGAGAAGCUAUCAAACCAAACAUUGUUAAAUGAAGUUGGAACUUUUAAAGAAACAGCUAAUAUAUUGGAUAAAAAGUUGUUAGAAAAAGAGUCUGAAAUACUAAUGAAAAAUAGUACCAUUGAUACAUUAAAAGAUAACCUCAAAGAGUUAAAAGAAGAAUUGAAAACAAUAGAGGAAAAAUUUUUCUUUGUUAUAAAAGAACUUGAUACCAAAGAUGAAAAUAUUUCAAAUCUAGAAGAAUCUACAACUAAUUUGAAGAAGCAAUUAGAAGAUAAAAACAAUAUUAUAUCUGAGAAAGAGAAAGAAAUAAAACAGAUGAACCACAGCAUUGAGGAAUUAAGCAAAUGCAAAUAUGAAACAGAAAUUUUAUUGGCUGUUGAACAAGAAAAUAUAAUUAAACUUCAGCAUGAAUUUGAGGUUCUCCAAGAAGCUCUUGCUGAAAUAAGCAAGUUUCCUGCAGAUGAUAGUAUCAGUUUUGAAAUGUGCAAUGAAGAAUCUGAAGCAGCUGCAAUAGAGACUAAAACCAUGCGGUUAGCUAAAAUAAUGGAAUCAACUAAGAUAAAAGCAGAGCUAAAGGAAAUAACUAGCAAAUAUAAAGAUUCUCAAUCUGAACUUUCUAAUGUUGUUGCAAAAGUAAUCGAUUUGGAAGAAAAAUAUUAUGAUAUUUUAACAAAGUAUGAAGAACUUUCUGGUCAUUCAUCGCAACUUUCAAAAGAUUUAGAGAAAAAAGAAAUAGAAUUAACUACCAUUAAUAAGUUCUUUGCUGACAGAGAGAAUGAACACAGACUGUCUACUGCCUCACAAUUGGAAGAAAUUAAAUAUCUUAAAAAGAGUUUAAAUGCUGUCGGCGACAAUGACAAGCAAAUUAGCGUUUUGUUACAACAAAUAGAGGAUUUAAAAGAGGAAAUCUCUAAAAACGACAAACAACUCAAAAUCAAAAUAGUGACCGCAGAAGAGCAAAGUCAUAGCAACUACAUUAAAAUGCGAGCAGCUGUUCGCGAAUGUGAAGAACAUAAGCGUGAAAAAGAAAUAUACAGAAAAAGAUUGCUUGAUAUUGAUAUGUCUCCGCAAUUUAAAAAAAAAUCUUCUCGUACAGAUAGUCCAAUUAGCAACGACAAAUCAAUAGAUGAAACAGACUCAUUACCACCUCAGCCUGCAACCACAGGAUCUACUUUUGCUCCUACUAUAUAUCAAAACAUGGGUCAUCGUAUCCCGUUGCAGCAUUUACCACCUCCUCUGCCCUAUGGAAUGGCACCGCGACCUUUCGUUGCUCCAACUGUUCCACAUUUUUUUCCAGGAAUUAGGCCUCAAUAUAGACCACCUAUGCCAUCAUUAGGACCUCGUGUACCUCCUGCUUUAGAUGAAAGACUGCAGCGGCCAUUAAUGACGCAUCCUUCAUAUACUCCUCGUCCCAACGUAAACAUAGGUUACACAACACCGAUGUUUAAUGGUUUACAUCCAGCAGCGGGUUAUUCAAGCAAUCAACCUAAUACAAUGCAAGCUCCUGGUGAAAUUACUAGGCCGAUCGUAAACAACAUGAUGCAUACACCGUCUACAGCAAUUGGAAUGCAUACUUCAAACGCUUCAUUUGCAUCUACUUCUUCUCCUAUAAAUCGAUCAAUGGAUAGAAGCAGUGUGUAACAACGCAUAAAAAGUCUUAGAAAAAUAGUCUAAAAGAUAAAAUAUCUAUUAGGUAUGA